AACAGCUGAUGCGGCCAGGCCAGUUUCAGACUAGCGAGGGGAAAGCGGGCGUAUCGCGACUUGUAAUUUGAGCCUUCGCUGCACUCUUAUUCUCUGCCGUCCUAUCGCUUGGACGGCCAGGUUCUGCAAUGCAUUCAGCUGCCAUCUCCCAUGGGGAGCAGCGCCGUCGUCUAUUAUCACCUGUUUUACGAGCGUCUGGCAUUCCGCUGUUUCUCCCCGAAAAAAAGAUAUAUAAGGAGCGGUGAAGAAGCCGCGAAGAUGAAUCUGAACAACAACAGAAAUUCGCAAAAAGCAUCACCAUGUCUACGCUCCCUACCUCGCUCCGAGAAUUGCCAGCUUGGCCCAUCCGGGCCCUGGACGACGACUCCAUCUUUCCAGAGGGCAAAUUCGUCGUUGAUGCGCCCGAGUGUAAGGAUGAAACCGAGCCACUUGUCUGGGCAGAGGAUGGCACUGUUGCUACUGAAACCUGGUUCACGACACCGCCUCUCAGUCGCUCUGCCAUUCUAGGCCUCAAGAGUGUUCAGUUGUUUGCCGAAACCCGUGACCAGGGAUACGUCGAUGAUCGAGCGCUUGGGAACUGGACAUGGCUUGAGCUCGCCAUCUAUGAGAACGAGGAGGCCGACUCUCCUCGCGUGCGGGAGGGGGUGCAGCUGGUUUGGACAAGCCAUAGGAAUGACAUGGGAUCCAAGGAGUACGACUGGUUGAGUGGGGACGGCUUUGGCGAACAACACGAUUUGUUGAAUCUCUUGCAGCCUGGUAAUGUCAUCGCUGUCCGGGUUUGCGCGUGCUUCAGGGGCUGGGAACUAUACGGCCGAGCAGCCCGUUUGGUCCUACGGACGGGACCUCCGACUCGCAUUGAGCCGCCCCCGAGUUACACGCAAGUCAUUGAGGAGACCCUCACACUGCAGCACAUCAUGAACUGUAUCAAUGUCCGGAACGACGCGUAUGAGCCGACCAUCACCGCAGCCUGGGACCGCGCCGAUACUUACUCGGGCAAAGAGUUGCGGCCUCUCCGUGUCCUGUCUCUUGAUGGUGGCGGUGUGAGAGGCUAUUCGUCUUUGAUGCUGUUGAAAGAAGUAAUGGACCGGGGCGCUCCGAAUAAGAAGCCCUGCGAUGUAUUUGACCUCAUCGGUGGAACAAGCACUGGCGGAUUGAUCGCCAUCAUGCUGGGUCGGCUCAAGAUGACCGUCCAGGAGUGUCUGGACGAGUACGACGCGUUGAUGAAAGAAGUCUUUGGAUCCGGGUGGUUUCAUAAACACAUUGGAAAGACAGCCUCCUAUAUCCAGAAAAGCGAAUUCUAUUCUGCUGAGAAGCUGGAGAAGGUGAUUAAAGCCCUGCUUCGCAAAAGACUUCCGGCAGGCGAAGAUCCGGAGAACGCUCUGUUGCUGGAUAACGACAACCCAUGUAAAAUCUUUCUCAUGGCCGUGCGGGAGGAAUCCGGCAGCAACCGUGGGCCGGUCUUCCUUCGCUCGUACCUGGACGAGAGAGAGAAGCCCGACGCGGAUCUGGCCAACAUUAAACUGUGGCAGGCCGCUCGUGCCACCUCAGCCGCCCCGGCCUAUUUUAAGCCCCUUCAGGUCGGCAAUGUGAAGCUGGUGGACGGUGGUCUUCUGGCGAACAAUCCUUUUGGAUGGCUAUGGUUUGAGGUUCUUGGGGUCUUCGGCCCAACCCGCGAGACAGACUGCUUUCUCAGUAUCGGGACCGGGAUGGCAGCCAAUGUGGCAGUUGCGCAGCCCGGCUUCCUUUUCAAGGAUGCCAUGAUGAGCUUCUCGUCCUUGGCAACCAAUACGGAAAGCACGCAUCUGCUCUUCCGCACGCUUGUCGACGCCUUUGCGCCAUGCCCGCAGGCCAAGAAGUACUUCCGAUUGAAUGUGAGCAAGGAGCUCCCGGAGCCGGACGACCACCAGGGCAUUUUCGCCGUGUUUUUUGGGAAGAAAAAAGAGGAAGUGAAUCUCAAGGAUUACGAAGAUCCCGGAUCCCUGGACGAUGUGGAUGUCAUUCCGAAACUGAAGGAGUGGACCAAGGAGUGGAUUGCCGGACAGCACGGUCUCAUCAAGGCCUGCGGCGAGUCUAUCGCGAGGAAUCUAGCAAAGAAGGGGUAGAUAUCUGCUUCUGUAUGAUGUAUAUAAAGUGGUCAUUAUAUAUAUAUAUUCCAGGGCUCAAC